AUGGCAAAAUCUAGAUCAGCUCCUCUAAAGUCAAUUACUAUACCAAGGAUGGAAUUAUCAGCAGCUGUCGUAUCCACACGAUUGGACAGAAUGAUAAAACAAGAACUAAUGAUGCCUAUCGACAGCUCCACGUAUUGGACUGAUAGCACAUGCGUUCUACGCUAUCUAGAAAAUAAGGAAACAAGAUUUCAAACCUUUGUAGCAAAUCGAAUUUCAACCAUACUCGACCAAAGUGAAACAAGUCAAUGGAGAUUCGUUGACGGAUCACUGAACCCAGCAGACGAGGCAUCAAGAGGUAUGACAGGUAGUGAACUUUUAAGUAAUCGUCGAUGGAAACAGGGGCCGGACUUUCUAAUGAAAUCCGAAAAUGAAUGGCCUCAGAGACCGAUAGACCUGGGUCAAAUACCAAACAAUGACCCAGAAGUGAAGUCAAAUUCCACGGUCUGUGCUAACAAUGUCAUUGCCCAAGACUCAAUUUCAAAGGUUAUAGAUCAUCACUCAAGUUGGAACUCAUUGAGAAAAACCAUUGCAUGGCUUUUACGUUACAAGUCAAAGCUUAGAAAAGCAGUUCGAAGGAGCAAGAGCGGAAUGCCUCUGCUGUCCGAGAAGACGGUCACUCCAAUAACUGUACUGGAGAUCAAUGGUGCGGAAUCCGCUAUUGUAAAACACAUACAGCAGCAAUGCUUUGGAAACGAUCAAGUCGCUUUGAGAAAAAAGACUAGCAGUAUAUACAAACUGGAUCCUAUUUUAGUGGAAGGAAUUGUACGUGUAGGAGGGCGUUUUCAUAACGCACCAAUUGCCAUUGACAAGAAACAUCAAAUCAUUUUGCCAAAAAAAUCACCAUGUGGCGAAAUUGAUUAUCCAGUAUUACCAUCAUCUGUCUGGACACUCUGGUCUUGA